AUGUCUCGGGGCAGAAGAGGCGGCGGAAAACGAGGUCCAGACUUGUCUUGGGACGAUGAAGAAUCUCUCGCAACUCCGACCGUGUCGAACAGACCUGAAGAGACAUUUCCCCCAAUUGAUCUCCCGGUUCCUCGGCCAAUAUCCUCAGACGAGCAUCUAGCAAUCAAACGGCAGAUAGCCUUCCGCAGCCGAGCGCGCAAUGGGCCAUAUUAUGCUAUUCUCGACCCCAGUAGUAUUGCGGACGAGAAGAGCGGCAAAGUCCUGAAACGCGCAGGCUUUGACCCAUUCAACGACCAGGAAAAAUACACUGCGAAGUACCACAAGAAGAAGCAGGCCGUUCCCGACCUCAACACUCGAGAGUAUGCACUACGGCUAUUUCCUCACGAGCUGUGGCCGCUACUCGACCCACGCAAGAAGAAUCCACUGUGGAAGACCGCAGACAUCGAUUUCGACGCCGAGACAAACGCACCUCGCAAGAACUUGAAGCGGAAGCGAGAACUUGUCAUUGAAGAUGCAGAAGAUGACGACGAGGCCAGGGCUAACGACGACGGAAACGACACCGACGACUCUGAUCCUUUGAUGUCUGGCACACGACGAUCCAGAAACAGCACCAAGGCGGCGAAGAGGCGGCGGGAGGACCCCACAACGAAGAAAGCGCACGAGAAGCGAGGUCUGGACGCGGAAGACGAGUUCUCCGAUCCCGAAGUCACGCCUAGGUCACCAGGCAGGAAAUCAGGCAAGAACAAAGGCUCUGACGACGAGGACGAGGACGACGAUGACGACGAGCACAACGAGGAUAACUCAGACGGCAGUGGUGAUGAGGACGACUAUGACUCCGGUGACGAUGAACCCGUGGAUUCUGAAUUCGAAGAGUCGGACGACGAGGAUGACAACGACUAUAAUGCCGAACAAUAUUUCGAUGGAGGCGAGGGGGAUGAGGAUGACUACGGUGCCGGAGGCGACGAAGAUGGCUCUUAUUUCUGA